AUGAUUCUCAAUCUUAUAAUCCUACUUGCCAUAUCUAUUGUGGCAUCUGCGUCAAAUAUUGCAGCAUACUGGGGACAAAAUGCUGGAGGAGAUCAACAAACUUUGGGAGAUUACUGUUCUUCUAGUCCUGCAAGCAUUAUAAUACUUUCGUUUCUUGAUGGGUUCCCCAAUCUUCUGUUGAACUUUGCUAAUCAAUGUUCUGGGACAUUCAGCAGCGGUCUUGCCCACUGCUCUCAAAUAGGAUCAGAUAUCAAAUCGUGUCAACAACAAGGCAAGACAAUUUUACUUUCACUUGGAGGAGCCACGGGCAAUUACGGGUUUUCUUCCGACUCAGAAGCAGUUCAAUUUGCAGGAACAUUAUGGAAUAAAUUUGGAGGUGGGAAAGACUCAGAAAGACCUUUUGACGAUGCAAUUGUUGAUGGGUUUGAUUUUGAUAUUGAAAAUAAAGACCAGACAGGUUAUGCUGCUUUAGCGACUCAAUUAAGAAAAUAUUUUAGCACUGGAACUAAAUCUUAUUACUUGUCAGCUGCUCCACAAUGCCCAUACCCUGAUGAGUCGGUAGGUGACUUAAUGUCCCAAGUUGAUUUAGAUUUUGCAUUUAUACAAUUUUAUAACAACUACUGUUCGCUCAAUCAGCAAUUCAACUGGAACUCAUGGAGCAACUAUGCCAGAGGUAAAAGUAUUAAACUUUAUUUGGGCCUUCCUGGCUCAUCAUCGUCUGCUGGCUCCGGAUUUGUUGGUUUGUCGACUGUUCAAAGAGUCGUGGCUAGUAUCAAGGGGGAUCUGAGUUUUGGCGGUAUAUCUAUUUGGGAUAUUUCCUCAGCAGAAAAUGGUGGAUACCUCAACCAAUUACAUCAAGCUUUGAGUGGAUCAGGAAGUCCAGCAGCUCCUUCAAACUCGUACCAACCAAACACACCACUCACAAGAACUUAUGGUGGAAGCACUGCUACUGCAUCAGCUUAUAUUUCAGUUGGAUUUACAGCAGGAGCCACACACGGAUCUACAACCACCAAUGACCUUCUCGCCUGGAUAGAUAGUUUAUUUGGUUCAUCUCAAUCCUCUGUACAACAAUACGCCACACCAGUCCAGUCUGUCACAGCAACGCCACAACCUGUUGCUGCUACUACUACAUCUGCUCCAAAACCCACGGCGUCAGCGUUCAAUUGGUUUGGUUGGUUUGAUGGAACAACCACCUCCACGACGCUACAAACUGUGUACUCAACUGUCCCAGCAGAUCAAACAGUAUAUGUGACAUUAACUACCACAGUGGGCAGCCAAAUGCUACAAUCCUUAUUCGACAAAAGAGAUGUUAUCGCUGAAGCAAAAUCUACAAACUUGCAAAUAUGCUGGUUGUUAUUUAUUCCACUACUUGCUCUUAUAUGUUCAUAG